GCGGGGAGAGUGCGCGAAUGCCAAAAUACGCAUUGGGUAACAUCUCACACAUUGUUAAGUAAUGCCGGUUUCCAUCGCGAACAAGGAGUGCAAGGGUGGAGGCACGCCGAUUUGUGAUUCGAGCAAAUGCGUGUUGGAUGGAGAGAAGCCAAGACUCUCCCUCAAAUUUGGAUGGGAUGUACCUACCCUCUUUCCUGACGAACAAGAUUAACUCACUAGGUCAUAUUCCUGGAUCUGGAAGUUAUGUUCUUCUUAUUCCCUUCUCCUUCUUUCUUCACAGGUGUGGAGGUUGUUGAGUCUUCUUUCUUGAUGCCAUCGCCAUAUCGUCGGUGCACAAUUCUGGGACACGAAAAGGUAAUUGAUACUUGAGGUUAAGAACGAUUUGUAUGCUGAAUGAUUUAAUGAGAGUGGAUUGCUUUCUUUGUCGCUCGAUUGAUUGAGAGCCUGCCUUGUUUGUUGGCUGUUUCCAACUCUGCAUUGAGCUUGAUUUUUUUUAUUUUUUUUGAUUUGCUGUGUUUGCGAUACAUACUGGAUUGGGCUGGAAGGGCAGGACGACCAGUGUUCGGUUUAAUAGAUGCGAUAGGGCUUUGAGAGAAGGGUUGAAUCAUUGUGCAGAAUGUCUCGUCUGAGAGUGACGAUUCCUUCGGCGCCAACCCGUAUUGCGGCGGUGGUGGAGAAGGCUUUUCAGGCUCUGAUUUCAGUUAUCAUUGUUUGUGUUAUCUAUAGAUACUGCUGGAUAGAUAUCUCCGAUCCAUACAAAUGUGGUGCCCUACUCAAUAAAGGUCAAUGGCUAGAUCCAGGUCCGAGAUGGAGCUCGAAAAAUCCUUUUCAGAAUUGGCAACCUCCAGGAUGUAUGAUGCAUGAAUACAAGCGGAAAGACAUACAGGAAUGUUUCAAGGAACGCAGAUUGGUCUUCGUUGGAGACUCCACCACACGGCAGAUUUUCUGGGCAGUCGCAAAGAAGAUGGACCAAAGAAGAGCGGAGGAACAAAUUACAGAGCAUUUGGAUUUGGAUCUGGUGGACAAACAUAAGGAUUUAGAAUUCAGUUCUUCGGGCGUGACGGUCCAGUUUAUUUGGGACCCGUAUCUCAAUUCUACGGGAUUGGAUCGAGAAUUAAAGAGCUUUAAUGCAAAUCCGGCGCAAGAUGCGAAAACGGAUGAGAGUGCUGGGUUGAUCUUAUUGGGCGCUCCGGGGUUGUGGUAUGCGAGACAUGGACAGGAGAAUUUCUUCAAGGAUUUCAGAGAUUCGAUUGAACAUGUUAUUCCUUUUAUGGAUCAUGAUGGAGGAGAGCAUGCUUUACAAGCUGCAGCGUCACAAUCGUUUCCUUCGAGGAGGAAAUCUCCGAAUUUCUUACUCCUGGCACCAGUACAGGUACCUUGGUAUCAGGCUCUAUCGCCCUCUCGAGAGGAGACUAUUACACCGGAGAAGAUCGAUCAAAUGAACGAUUAUUUACAACAGGUUUCCGCGCAUUCAGAAGCUGAUAUCGUUUGGAGUUUUUCGCUCAUGACUUGGGCUGGCCAAGGAGAAUAUGAGGAGAGUGGAUUGCAUGUGGUUGAUAAUGUGGCCCAUCGAAAAGCUGAUGUUUUGCUUAAUCUUCGUUGUAAUGCAGACUCUGUUGAACGAGGCUAUCCUUUCGACCGAACUUGUUGUAAUAGCUAUCGACAGCCUAAUGCGAUUCAAUGGCUCUUUGUUUUGGUUGGGAUGAUACUACUUCCCAGCGUCUUUUUAUUGCGCCGUAAGCAUGUCUUGAGAGUUGGACGUCUAUUGCCUCAACCAGAAGUUCUUGGUGCUCUUAUGACUUUUGCAUUGGCAAUCUGCUAUUGCUACUACGCUGAUCGAACUCAAUUGUUCGAGAAAGAACAUAAGCAAUUUCAUAAGAGAGAGGUUCUUAUCGCUUCUUCUGCUGUACUUGUCGCUGGUCUUCUUUCCGUUCGAAUGAACAAUCCUUCGAGUCCUUCCAAGGGAAAUCAUGAAGUUAGAGCUCAUGCUUUCGAUUAUGGAUUUCUUUCGAGAGAUCAAACUGACGAGUGGAAAGGAUGGAUGCAAUUCUUAAUUCUUAUUUAUCACUAUACUCAUGGAUCGAAAACUCUAUGGCUCUUUGAAAUCAUGCGGAAUCUUGUUGCUGGUUAUCUUUUCAUGACAGGAUAUGGUCACACGAUGUAUUUCCUGAGAAGAGAAGAUUAUUCUUUCAAAAGAGUGGCCAGUGUUUUAAUCCGACUGAAUAUGCUAACUUGUGCUCUGUCAUACAUGAUGCGUACUGAUUAUACGGCUCAUUACUUUGUUCCACUUGUUAGUUUCUGGUUCUUGGUAGUCUACCUUACUUUGAAAGUAAGGCAAGAGAAGAAUUCCAGCAUCGGAUUCUUAUUGGGGAAGAUCUUUAUUUCAGCUAUUCUUACAACGGCUUUCAUCAAAAUCCCUGGAGUUCUGGAAGUUUUAGCCUUCAUACUGAAGUACACGUUUGCCAUUUCAUGGAAUAUGCAAGAAUGGAGAUAUCGCGCUGGAAUGGAUAUGUUCAUUGUUUAUAUCGGUAUGAUAACAGCGAUUCUCUAUCUACGUCUCACGCGCAUCAAAGCCGCUUCCGUAAUUUGCAAAUCUAAAAUCGACACACUUCUUCGACCAGUGGUUCGCCAUCCGAUAUUUUUCAAAACCACCGCCAUAGUAGCCUCGGUUAUUCUCCUCCCUGGCUUCCGCCUCUUGACUGAAAGAUCACCAGAUAGAGAAGAUUAUCUCUGGUGGCAUCCGUAUAUCUCGGCGGUUCCAAUUCUUGCAUUCGUCACCCUGAGGAAUUCUCAUAGCAUUUUGAGAAGUUAUCAUUCGACGAUUUUUGCUUGGCUGGGAAGAUGUUCACUGGAGACUUUUGUUUUACAGAGUCAUAUUUGGAUGGCAGCGGAUUUGAAGGGUAUUUUGAGAUUGGGGGUUUGGGAUAGGUGGACGGAGGCUGCGUUGCUUACGGUUGUUUUUGCGUGGGUUGCUUGGAGGGUAGAGGGAGCUACGGAGAAGAUUACCGGAUGGAUUGUUGAUGGAGGUUUGAAUGGAGGUGGUGCGAGUGGUGGGCAGGUUCAAGGGCAGAAAUAUCAAACCAGUCAUGAGUUAGGUGGCUUGGGAGCAACUUUGAAACCAGACCUGCUGCCAAUGCUUGAGGAUGGAGAGGGGACGCCGAGUAAAAAUUCUAGAUUUGGUAAUUGGGGUGAGGAUGCGAAUGGAAGUGUGACAGGGGUGAGAUGGUGGAGGAAUACAAUUGUAAGAGGUAUGAGCACGGAUUUGAGAUGGAGAGUGGGUGGAAUUCUGGUCGGGUUAUGGAUAGGGAAUUGGGUUUAUAGAUGAUUCGAUUUUAUAAUGUGGAAUUGUAUUGUUGAGGAGAAGUGAGUCAAGAUUAAAUGGUACGGGCUAAGGAAUAAGUGGCCUGUACAUGAAGAUUUGGCGAAUAGACAUUAUGAAGAUGCUAGUUCUGGGAUUGUGUUUUAAGUCUUUUGGCGAAUGCAUAUGAGAUAUCCCAUGUCGAGGGCAGUCGAGUGUGAGGUGGGGAGUGUGUGUAUCUAUGAUAUCUAGUGUAUCUUGAGACUUUUAGGGGAGGGGGAAAUAGUAUAUUUUUAUGUGUAUACUUUUGAUUUUGAUUUUGAUUUUGAUUUUUUGCCUUUUAAGGGGUUGUGGUGAUUGAAGUGAUUGAAGUGGUUUUGUACAAGGAGGGGAGGAGGUGAAGAAUAAGGAAUAUUGAAAGUUUAGAAGAUAAGAUGGGAUGAUUUGAUUAUAUAUAUGUGUAUGUGUAUGAGAGAAUCAGGGAAAGAGUGGAAGGGGGAGGGGAAAGUAGAUGGGGGGUGGAAGGGUAAGGAGAUUGAAAAUGGAUGUUGGAGAGGAUGAGAGGAUGAGAGGAUGAGAGGAGGACAGAUUUGAAUAAAGAGAGUAUAAGGGAGGUAGGUAGAGGUAGGUGUAGGAUAGAUAAAUCGAUAGAUUAUUUAUUUGCUCGCGAGGAGGGUGGAAGAAGAAAUGAGAAGUCGGGACGAGUUUUUUUAUAUGUAUAUGAGAUGGGUGGGUGGGUGUAGUGAGGAGAGUGAUGAGGGGGGGGUAUAUAUGAUUUGGAAAUUUGAAACGAGUGAAUAGGGUCUACGCUCAAGUUCUUGACGAACUAAUAAUUAUUAUUAAGAGGACUGGGAAAUAUCUGUAUACGUAGGUACCUAUGAUUCACCAAUUUUAACAUUUUAACGUUUUGACA